CCGGAUCACAACCAGAAUUAUAUUUACACUUUCUGUUUUUGUACGAAAUCAAACAAACAUUUAACAAAUAUUUAACAUGUUAACUACUGAGCUUCAGAGGUUCUGGGACUGUGUGUGCAGCCUAAAUGACGAAGUGGAACUUGUUCAGGCAUCAGACAACACCCAUGGUCGCUGCUAAGCCAACGGGGGCCAGUGCCUUGACUGUGACUCCAGCCCCUGUCGCACUAGUCUCUGCUGAAAACUCCACCGAGCCAGUCAACAAGAAUGAUGCCUUCGACGAGAUCAAAAACAAGUUCCUGAAUGAAAUCGACAAGAUCCCACUGCCGUCCUGGGCCAUCAUUGCCAUUGCCGUGGUCGCUGCUUUACUCAUUCUAACAUGCUGCUUCUGCAUCAUCAAGAAAUGCUGUUGCAAGAAGAAGAAGAACAAGAAGGGCAAGAAGGGGAAGGGUGACAUGGGAAUGAAGAACCUGAAAGGGGGAGAGAAACAACAGGAUGAUGAUGAUGAAGAAGAUGAUGUUGAACCUGGACUCACUGGAGAUGAGAAAGAGGAAGAAGUGAAGGAGAAAGAAAAGCUCGGGAAGCUGCAGUACUCUAUUGAUUAUGACUUCCAGGAGAAUAAGCUCACUGUGGGAAUCCUGCAAGCAGCUGAUCUCCUCUCCAUGGACAGCGGUGGCACCUCUGACCCCUACGUCAAGGUCUUUGUGCUCCCUGACAAAAAGAAGAAGUUUGACACAAAGGUUCACAAGAAAACGCUCAAUCCUGUGUUCAACGAGACCUUUAUCUUCAAGAUUCCAUUCCAAGAGAUGGGAGGGAAGACUCUGGUAAUGUCAGUCUAUGACUUUGAUCGCUUCUCUAAACAUGAUGUCAUUGGAGAGAUUAAAAUACCCAUGAACACCCUUGACCUGGCAAAGCCAAUUGAGGAGUGGAGAGACCUGGACAGCGCAGAUCAAGAAGAGCCGGAAAAGCUGGGUGACAUUUGCAUCUCUCUGCGUUACGUCCCUACUGCUGGCAAACUUACCAUCUGUAUCCUGGAGGCCAAGAACCUGAAGAAAAUGGACGUGGGUGGACUGUCAGAUCCCUACGUAAAAAUUAACCUGCUGCAGAAUGGAAAGAGGCUGAAGAAGAAGAAGACUACGGUGAAGAAGAAUACUUUGAAUCCGUACUACAACGAGUCCUUCAGCUUUGAGAUUCCUCUUGAGCAAAUGCAGAAAAUCCUAGCUGUGAUCACAGUGCUGGAUUAUGACAAGAUUGGCAAGAACGAUGCCAUUGGGAAGAUACUGGUUGGGAGCAAGACCACAGGGGCCGGGCUGAAACACUGGUCCGACAUGCUGGCCAACCCCCGUCGCCCGAUCGCCCAGUGGCAUCCACUGCAGCCAGAGGAGGAGGUGGAUGCUGCUCUCGCAGCCCUAAAUGCCAAGAAGUAAACUCCCACCAGAACACAUCGUCCCCACCUCCACCUACCUACCCAUGCAUUUCCCACCAUUCUCCCCAGGUCCCACAUAUCUGUGUAUAUUCCAGAGGAACACCCUAACUGUACAUCUGCUCCCUCCACCCCCACCUCCUCUCCCUCCGCCACCUUUCAAAAGAUCCAUAGAUACCAUUCAACAUGAUGGGAAAUAUAGUUUAAAAAAAAGCAUCAUGUUAUAUGAAUUCAUGUCAUUGAAAAAAGAAGAUAACUUACAGGAUGGACAGAUACUCCGUUGAUUUCAUUUAGAUCUAUUUUUGUAUUGGGGUUGUGGUUCCAUUAAUAAGAAUACAGAGUAGACUAUGAAGAACAGUAAGAGUGCUAAAUGGGAAUAUGGUGAUAGAGGGGAUAAAACAUACAUUCACUCAUAUUGUACUUCUCACCCCUCCCCUUUAGUGACACAGUUUGCUUAGAAUAGUGCUUAAUAAUAAAAUGCUUUAUACUGCCAUAUGAUAGAGAAAUAACACAAGCAGGUCCAUUCCUUAGGUGUAUUGUGCACCAUGUUCCACACCUGCCAGUUAUCAUACUAGAUGAUUCUCUUAGUUUGAAGUACAUUCCUAGAGUUGGGUAGCAAGUAGGGAUAGGCACAUAUCCAGAUACCCACAGACACACUGCCUUUUUGAUUAGUUAACCUUCCACCCAUCGUCUCAGGAAAACUGAGAGGAAACUGAAACUUCAUGCCUUUUUUUCUAAACGGGUUGUUAUUAUUCAAAUACUCCACUUGAUGAGAAAGAAAUGUUGGAUUUUAAAGCUUGUUUUUUUUCCCAGCGACGUAAGGCUCACGGCUAGUGUUAGUUUCUCCAUGAAAUGGUGUGUCAGGAAACAGGGAGUGAUGUAUUUUCAGUAAAAAAAAAAGGGUAUUUGUGUGUUUUUUGACUGUGCAAAAAGGCUGCGUCUGUCAUCUGUACAACAAUAAAAUGUGUGGAAAUAUCCGAUACAGGUACAACAGAGACUGAUUCCAACUACCAAUGACAUGAUAUUUACAAGGUGUCGAUUACUGCCUGCAGUCUACCACCUCCCCUCCCAACGCCUCUGAUUCUGUAUCUCACUUGUUCAGUGCUACUGCCAUUAGUCAUGGACUUGACACAAGGGUUUUACUUCAAAGGAAUCCCUAUAACCGUCUUACAGUCAUAAAGGAGACAAGCCUUCAAAGUAACAAAAUAAGCAAUUUUCAACUACCAGGGACGCCUUCCAGUUAGCGGUGUUGUUCUCUUCAUUUCUUUCUUUCUUAUUAUUUUUCUAUCUCUUUUUCCUUUUAUGUAGACAGUUAUAUUUUUAUUUGAUUCAAACACUUUCAUUCCUCAAGCACUUUAAAUCCAAAUGUUACUUUUAAGUACCCUCAGAAACCAGAGCUUUAAUUAUUUAUGUUAGGAAUAACUGCUGGUUAAAAAAAAAACAAAGGAGUGCAUUGUGUAAGCAGUUUUUUUUUUGUUUGUCUGUUGUUUUGUGUUUUUUAAUUUCGUCUCAGCUUUUUGUGUAUGUGUUUUGAUUGUUUGAAUAUUACGUUUCUCACUUGAUUACAAGGAUAUGGUCUGGAAGAAGGCACUGAUCCAUGUGUAUUUUAUACACAGCUUACCAAACUGUUGAAUUUAAUUGCACUACUGGGUGAUCCAUUCUGUGGUAAUUUGACACUGUUCUUGAUCUGUGUAGUUUUUGUUUUUUUUUAUUGAUAAAAUGUUGUGAGAUUGAAAUUUUCUGUGGCAUUUGUGGCAUGCCAGACAUGUCUCCUCAUAUAAAUGAACUCUGAUAAGAAAAGAGACACAUUUCAAUCUAAUGCUGCUCCCUAGCACCUUCACAGGAUGUAAUUGGUUCAGUGUAUUUGUAAAUUAAUAUUCUGUUGAAGGGAAAUUUUGAGGAGGAACUUUGUUUUGUGACAAAAUCCAAACUUUUCUGACCAAAACUUAUCAGUCCUGAAUAAACUGGUGAAGGCUUAAUUGUUAAUGAAAAUCCUGAUAUGCUUUUGCCCCAGUGUACCUGCUUGUAGGUCUAGUUAAUAAUUAAAAUCAGUGCUGUAUGUGAACACCAACAGCAAAAACUACCCGUUGACUGUGUGCAAGAAAAUGCUACGUCAUUGUAAAUCUCGUACUGCAACUUUAUUUGGAAUUUAAUGAAUGUUGGCUCUUGUAUCUUUCUCUGUUGGAAAUUGUAACUCCUAAUUUUUUUUACAACCAACAUAGACCAUGUUCAGAUUUGUGUUUUUCCAUCUCACAUAAUAUUUUUCUUCUGUUGAUGAAGCAGCACUAAAGAAAAGGCAACAUGGAAGCAAUCAAGCAA